ACAUCCAUAAACAAUCUCUUAAAUAUAAUAUUUAAUCCAAAUUCAUAAAUUUUAUUGUCUAUCCUCCAAAAUUAAACAAUAUUCCAUCUUCCCAUUUCUUUAUACCUCACAUAUAUCAAAUAAUACCCCUAAAAUUACACCUAUAAUUUAUAUCCAGAAUAAGUCAGUUAUAAAAAUUAACCAUAAUCAAAUAACAUUAUUAGAAUUACACCUAUAAUUUAUACCCAAAAUAAAUCAAUUAUAAAAAUUAAACCCUAUAUAUAUAAAAAAAAUACCAUCACAAUCACAUCUUAAACAUCUGCUCACCAAUCAACUUAGCAUCUAGCAAUAAAGGAUUUCCAUCUUUAAUACAUUGGUGUAAAAAUCUCUUGCUUUAAAAACUGUAUUAAGAAAAUACUUUCUUCCUUUAUAAUACACUGUUAAGCCAGCUGGAACCUCCCAUCUAAAAUAUAUCUGAUGUUUCUUAAGCUCAUCCACUAAAAAGGCAAAUUCUUUUUUCUUUCUUAAUAUUUUAGGAGGAAUUUCCUUCAUUAUUAUAUCUUGUCCUAAUAUUUGAAAUUUAUUUUUAUAAAAUGUUUGUAAAAUUCCAUACCUAAUCUUCUUAGUUGUAAAAUAAAUAACCACAUCUCUCAGUAAUCGCUUCUGCCUUGCCAACCAAGGAUUAACACGAUAGAUUCUUUCAAUAUUAACUUCAAAAUCUUCUGGUUCCACUCCAUCUAUCUGAGCAAAGGCCUGAGUAAAAAUCUCUUUUAAAUUUUCCUGCCUCCAUUCCUUUAAUCCCCUCACCCUUAUAGCAUAUUCCAUUAAUCUAUAUUGUAAUAUAACCCUUUCUUCAUCUGCCCUAUUCACCUUAACCUGAAUAUCAUCUAUUUUAGUUUCUAAAUUCAAAUUAAUUUGAUUCAUUUAAACUUCCUCUAUUUUCCUUUGCAAAUCUAGAUUAAUUUGGUUAAGUUCUCCCAGUCUUUCCUCCAUCUGAAUACUAGAUACCAAUAAAAGCGUAAUUGUAUCCUUUACCAUUUUCAUAUCCCUCCUCUGCUCUUCCACCAUAUCUUUAAAAUCCGAUAUUUCUUUCUCCAUUUCAUUAAAUUUUUGAUCUAUUUCUAAAAGAUGAGCCUCCAAAAGUUCCUAUAAAAAAUUCCGUAAACCUUCCUUGAUAUCUUCUUUUAAUUUCCGUAUCUGAACUGAAGAAAUUUCCAAGAUUUUAGUAGUAGUUAAUUCUGUUUGCUUAAGAACUAUUUUUAAACUGUAUAGUCUACCAAAAAGAAAAAAAAUUUAAUAAACUUUUCUUCCUAAACACUGUAAUAGAAAAAAAGGUUUAAAAAAAUCAUAAACAGUUCUUAUUCAUUCCAUUUAAAGAGUAUCUUGUUAUGUUCUUCUUAUAGGUUCCACACCAGCAGUUGUAGUAAGCAUUUCCUUAACUUUCGCUUUUAAUACACAAAGCGCCAUUUGCUUUCAUUACACAAAACGCCAUUUCCUUUCUUCGUCUCCAAUCUUUGCUACAAAUAUAUCCUCUGAUAGGGAGUUAAAAUCUUCUUACAAGCAAAUGCCAGCACUCCUGUUUCUGCUCUGUCCACAUUAGCAAUCCAUCACAAAUCCAUUUCAGUCGCGGAGAUGGGUGCUGCGUUUUGUUCCGCCAUUAGGCAGAAGCGUUUCAGAUUCCGAAGCUUUUUUCAGGCUAUAGAAGGAGCGUUCUCAUCAAGCCUCCAGAAAUUUUCCUGGGGCUUUCCUGGGGGCUCUACUUCAGCCCGAAUGCUCACCUCUCCCUCUUUGCCCGAGGGAGAGAUUUUCAAACCACCAGACAGCUGGUUUGCGCUGUCUGAACGGCUCUACCCUAAUCCUGGAUUUUGAAAUCAAGUUUAUCGAGGUUGGCAAGUCCAAAAUUAUAUGGUGAGCUGCAAACUAGGAUAUGAAUAUGAAGUUCUAAUAUCCUGCCACCCCCUUGCCCAUCUGUUGGCUCCUGGAGAUCAGGACUAUUGCUUAUUAUACAUUUUAUUGCAUUUGUUUUAUUGUAAUCAAUGAUGUUUCUGCUUUGGGAUGUUUUACAGGUGAAAUGGCCUGCGUGCAUUUUAAGCCCUGCCUUUGCUCAGAAACAGGUUCCCAACCAGGCUCCUGCAGGGGAAGGGAGAAUUUAGGUAUGCUUGGAGUCACUUGCUGUGGGAAGGGGCAAAAGAAAGCAUGUGGCAAGAGGGAUGGUAAACUGCAUUCAUUCAGCUGCUAGGACCUUUGUAGGGUCCUCCUUCCCAGGCCACAGAAUGUCUUGCUGCCAACCCAGCUUUGCUCCAGGGGCUGAGUUUUCAUGAGCAAGUUGCACAGGAAGACAGCAACCCAGAGAAAAGACACUGAGCUGUCUGCCAAUCACUUGCAUGUGCUUGGAUGUUGGGGGCGUCCAUGCUCUGAGGCUUUCCCUGCUGUUGCUAAACAACUCCUGAUCAAGACACUCAGAUAGCAACAGCCUGAAGCCCAGUUCCAUCUCUGGCCAGAUCUUUCUCCAAUGUUUUGACAGGUAAGAGUUUCACCACCAUUGUUGUGGUUAAUUGCAAGUCUUAAGAUCUGCCCCACCACCGACAGACUCUGCCACAUUACAACAAUGCUUCUUUUUUUUAUUUAUUUACAUUUAUAUCCCGCCCUUCUCCGAAGACUCAGGGCGGCUUACAAUGUAUAAGGCAAUAUAUUUCUUGGUUAAGUGCCAACCAGAAAGAGUAUUUCUCACACGCAUAUCAAACAAGUGAGGCUGGCAGAACUCUGCGCAAUUUACUUGGCAUGCCCAGUUUUUCUCUCCAUUGAAAUGAAGACAACCCACUUCUUGUCUUUACCAGGAUCAGGAAAGGAAACCAAGCCUGGCAGUUUCCCCGAGGGUCAGGGCAAGUGGCAUUCCUGCCAAGCUGAGGAGGCCAUGAAAAAGGCCUGUCCUUCCCUAUGGUAGAGUUUUCAGACUCUUCCGCCCUGGAUUUGAAGAAUCUUUAGCCGGGCACCAAGAGCAAUGGUGUGCUUUCUGCGCAUGGGAUAUAGUUGUGGCCAAUUCUGUCAUAGAGACUCAGCAAAAGACAUCUCAAAUCCCUCACUUGUGGAAUAACUGAGGUCCAGGUUUUUGUUCUCUGCUGCUGAGGCCUCUGCCUGUCCUGAGGGGGUGCACUCUUAUAAACGAGGUCAUUGCCCCCUCCCUCUGCCUGCUCUUGGGGAGUGUUAAUCCCUUUGUCUGUCUGCUGAUGGAUGGAGGCUGAUUUGCAGAGAGCAGAAACACACCAGAGUUGGAAUGGACCUUAGAAGUGUUCUAGUCCAGCCUCCUGCUGAGACAGGAGACCAGGGGUUCCCAACCUCCAGUCUGCAGCUGCAGCUUGUUGGGAACCAGGCCGCAUAAGCAGCAUACAAGCGUGCAAACGAAACCAUCCCCUCCCCCCCAUCAGUCUUGGAGCCGGUAGGUUGGAAACUGCUGGUCUAGACCAUUUCAGACAAGUGGUUGUCCAGUCUCUUCUUGAAGACCUUCACUAAUGGAGAAUCCACAACUUUUCUUUUAUGUACACUGAGAGCAUAUGCACCAAGACAAAUUCCUUUUGUGUCCAAUCACACUUGGCCAAUAAAAAAAAAAAAUUAUUCUGGAGGAAAGUUCCACUGGUUAAUUGUUCUCACUGCCAGGAAAUUCCUCCUUAGUUCUAGGUUACAACUUUCUAUCCCUUGCUUCUUGCCCUGCCUUCAGGUGCUUGGGAGAAUAAGUCCUCCCCUUUUUUGGGGCAGCCCCUGAGAUAUUGGGAGAUUAAAACCAUGUCACCCCAGUCUCUCUUCCUUAGAGUAGACAUACAUGUCUCCGGGCCAGUCGGGAAACACUCCCGGCAGCAACAACUUGAGCGCAGAGCUCCCUGCAUUUCUCUGAAUAGCGGGGCGGCUUGGGCGCCCUGUGGAAAAGAGGUGCCUUCCGUUGCUGCUGCUGGAAACCGCAAGACUCCCGUGGGCAGGCCUCGAGGAAAGCAGCCAUGCAAAAGACGGGGGGGGGGUGAGGAUCAGGACUCGUCAUUUCCGUCUGCGGAACAGGCACACGUGGUGGUGGGGGGCACAGCAUGGAAACGCGGGCGCACCAAGCGCAAAAUUGCCAGAAAUCUUGCGAGCCUCAACACAGCCGUCGGCUGGUUUGCUUGCUACGCCCCCUCCCCUUCCGCGCCCUCUCCUCCCCUGUCUUCUAGCAGAGACGGCGACGCAUUCGCUUCAGCAGUCGACUGGCGGAAAUCCUUCCGCCGUGGCGGCGGCGGACUGGCUCCCUUAGCGGUGUGCGUGGACCGUCCGGGCGGUGGCUACCGGGCGUGCUCGGCCGCGGCGAUCGCGCGGGAACCUCAGGGGGACAGGAGCUGCGAGAGCAGGUGGCACCCCCCAGUUCGCCUCGUCGGAAGAGGUGGCUGCUGGGCGAAACAGGCGUAGCGCCGGUGGACGGUGCAGCGCGUGUGACGAGCCGGCAGGCGGAGCCUCUCCAGGCGAGCGCAUGGCCAGCCUCGCCUACCAACUCGGGCGCGCAGAGGAGGCGCGGCCGCGAAGGGCGGCCGUCGAGCCAGGUAAAAGCGCGCGGCCCGGGGGGCGUCGCGGCGGCAGCCCACCUUCGCCUUUGCCCAGAAUUGCGCAGUCGCCGCCUGUCAUCCCGCUCGCGGGUCAACCUUCGUGGAGGAGACCGAAGAACCGCCGGGAGCGGAGGGCUUCCAGGCCGGCGCGCCGGACCUCGACGGAGGCGAGCGACCUGGUCUUGCUCACUCUCCGUGGGGGGAGGACAAUUGUCGCCGGCAAGGGGCCGGUGGUAGGGCGAGCCCCUUCCCGACUGAUGGCAGGCCUCAAGGGAGAAUGACUUCCUCCACUAGAACUGCUGGGUUAGCAGAGAAAAUACAAGUUUGUGUAGAAGACUUAUCACAUCAAGUACAUCCAACAGGAAAGAGCUUCUGAAGGAAGUAGAUGCAUGGCUGGAGCUCAUUUAGCAGUGAACGUGAGGAAUACUUAAAAAGUUGUGGAGAUAGUCCAGCGCCACAGAAACCUUUCUGAUAACAGAAGCAAGGAUGCUGAAUCCCCCAGUUCCAGUUACUCCACGGUGCCAUCUAUAUCUUACCAUGGAAAAGUUGGCCUUCUGCCUUCUGAUGACGAGCACCGUGGCUGUGAGGGCCCUGAUGUGUCCCAUGCGCUGCAGCUGCCAGAGGUUGUCCCCAUCUUUCACCAUUCUCUGCACCAAGAACGGGCUGCUCUUUGUUCCUCCUGCCAUUGACCGACGGACAGCAGAACUCCGACUGAUGGAUAAUUUCAUCACGACUUUGCGAAGGAAGGAUUUUGCAAAUAUGACGGACCUGAUCCAUUUAACACUGUCACGAAACACAAUCAGUCAUAUUAUGCCUUAUGCAUUUUUUGAUCUCAAAGGUCUUCAUGCAUUACACCUGGAUAGUAACCGACUCACCUAUAUUGAUGAGGAUCACUUCAAAGGGUUGAUCAACCUUCGCCACUUAAUUCUCAGUAACAACCAGUUACAUUAUAUUUCAUCUGGAUCUUUUGAUGAUUUCAUUGACAUAAUCGAGGAUCUGGAUCUAUCCUAUAAUAAUCUUGUUAAGGUCCCCUGGGAAACUGUUGGGAGGCUUUCAAAUGCCAAUACUAUUAGUUUGGAUCAUAACCUCAUAGAUUUUGUUCCUGAAGGCAUCUUCUCUGACCUUCACAAACUGGCUCGGCUGGACAUGACUUCUAAUCAGCUGAGGAAGAUCCCCCCCGACCCUCUUUUCUCCCGCAUCCCUGUCUAUGCCAAGCCCAAGGGCAUCCCUCUAUCUUCUCUGGUAUUGAGCUUUGGAGGGAACCCACUACACUGCAACUGUGAGCUAGUGUGGCUACGGCGCCUGACUAGGGAAGACGACCUGGAAACCUGUGCCUCCCCACCCGAGCUGAUGGGCAAGUAUUUCUGGUCUAUUAAGGAAGAGGAAUUUGUCUGUGAACCACCAAUGAUUACUCGCAGAACGGCAAAGCAAGUGAUCAUGGAAGGCCAGAGUGUUUCCUUGAAGUGUAGAGCAAUGGGUGAUCCAGAACCAUACAUGCGCUGGAUUUCACCAGGAGGAAAAUUGGUCUCCAACACUUCCCGAACAAAUUCCUAUGAGAAUGGGACUUUGGACAUUUUAGUGACUUCCAUGGAAGACCAAGGCACGUAUACUUGUAUAGCAUCCAAUGCUGCAGGGGAGUCCACUGCACCAGUUGAACUUCUGGUCAGCCCAUAUCCUCAUCUUGCUAACAGCACAAAUUCUGGCAAAGACGCAGAGACGGGUCCAUCAGAUAUUCUCAUCCCAGCCAAGUCCAGCUUCUCUAAUGAAACCAAAUCUCGCCAAGAGAGGAAAGUGGCCAUUGCUGAGCUGACCUCGUCCUCUGCCCUCAUCCAGUGGCAUUCGCAGCACCAUAUUCCUGGGAUGCGAAUGUUCCAGAUCCAGUACAACAGCUCUGCUGAUGACAUCCUGGUGUACAGGAUGAUCCCGGCUUCUAGCAAAUCUUUCUUCCUGACCGACCUGGUUGCUGGGCGGGACUAUGAUCUGUGUGUCCUUGCUGUUUAUGAUGAUGGUGUGACUUCUCUGACAGCGACCCUGGUGGUAGGGUGUGUGCAGUUCACCACGGAGGAGGCAUACCGGCAGUGUCAGUCCCUCCACGCACAGUUUCUUGGUGGAACCAUGAUUAUUAUCAUCGGAGGCAUCAUUGUGGCAUCUGUCCUUGUUUUUAUCUUCAUACUUCUGCUGAAAUACAAAGUUUACAUCAACCACCACAAAACCAAAAACCCUGAAGUGAAUAACGUUUGCUCUCAAACCAAUGGUAGUCAGAGUAACUCUCUGGUACAUUCCAGUUCCAAACUGGCUGAAUGGAUCCAGCAAGAACGUUCAAGCUCACCACUCAGAGGCAAAACUAUACUAGACUUUAACUACGAACGAGCAGCCUUUACAGAAGCGUCUGUUUUAAAAAACGAAGCCUUUCCGUAAUAGUUAUGCUGGUCCCAGGCAAGAAGCAGUAAAAAAUAACUCAUGUGGUUGUAUUUUAAGCUUCACUGUCUAUUUUUAAGAUCAGAUGGUUUUAAACACUAUUUUUUUAAUCUGUAAAAGUUCUUGCAUUCUUAACUAUUUUUGUUGCACUAUAUUAAAUAUAAACUGUG